UUCUAGUCACGCAUGCGCAGUGCUACUAAGGUUCUAAUUCUAAUUUGCCAGUUUGUUGCAGUUUUGGAGUUUUUGCAAUGGGAAUGUAGCGAUGAGUGAAUGCAGGCUUUCCUUUUGUUAUACGAUGGCAUUGUCUUUGACACCAGCUCAGGAACAAUCGCUUCAUGUGCUGUGAAGAUAAUUUCAAGAAACGAUUCCGGCUAGGCAUGAAGAAAAUGGUUCUCUGCCGUAAAAGCUCCUCUGGAAGCAGAGGACUGGGCCGGGCCAGUGCAAAUGGCGACUUGGUAAGGAACGAAACGGACGAUGAAAAAGAUGACUGCAGCCACCUGUCUUGUUUUGAAACGCCUUCAAAAAGCGAAGCUAAGCCCAGCAUUUUUAAAGCCCUUCGAUGUCACUUUCGCAGAUGCAAGCGCAAAGCGUUGCUAACUGGAGAUGACAGAAAAAGUAGUGGUCAUGAUUGCGCGAACUUGGAUGCAAGCCAUACAAGUGAAGUAGCACCUGAAACUAGAACGAGCACAGUUCUUACUCCAGACCAAGAACACGAUAACAUCCAACGCAGAGCAUCAGUUGAAACCUCCAGCCCACCAUGUGCCACUUCGUCCAGCGAUGCAAACGACAAUUAUGUUUCGGGAAAGGUCGAGUGCCACCGGCCGGCUCCUGCAGUUGGCGCAUCCUGUAGUACUCGUAGUCAUCGAGCUAAUCACAAUCAGCCAAACGCUGCUGUUGACCUGGUCAACAUGCCACGAAAUCUAACUGUAGACUUUCGCAUAAACAGCCUUACUCAGGAACUUUUCAAGUUGUCCAAGUUUGGCUGGUACUGGGGCCCCAUCACGCGCAGUGAGGCUGAAGAGAAGUUAGCAGACCAACCGGACGGUGCAUUCCUCGUCCGAGACAGCUCCGACGAUCGUUACCUUCUCAGCCUGAGCUUCAAGUCGUAUGGAAAAACCUUACAUACUCGCAUUGAGCAUUGUAGUGGCCUGUUUAGUUUCUACGCGCAAUCAGAACCGGGAGGCCGAGCCUCCAUUGUGGACUUAAUUGAGGAGUCUAUGAAUUACUCCCAGUCUGGAGUGUUCUGUUACUCCAGGGGUCGUAACCCAGGAGUGCCGUCAUUUCCAGUGCGCCUCAUAAAGCCAGUGUCUAGGCUAACACACGUAAGGUCACUGCAGUACUUAUGCAGGUUUAUAAUUCGACAAUACACAAGGUUUGACCACAUUCAGCGAUUACCACUUCCAUCCAGGAUCAAGGGGUACAUUGAGGAAGGACACUACUAAGAGUAGGCCGCUAGCAGUUCUCUGAUCCAUUGUCCACUUACUUUUGCAAUGCUGGUGACAGGCUUUGUCACUUUACCCCUCGUAUAUGUGCCUAAGGAAUUCCUUCUGGCAUACCUACAAGCUCUCUUAUCCAGAGAGCGAGUGACCAGUCCUAUACUGUUCAAGUACUCCAGGCAUCUUGAGAUUGGGGUAUGGCAAGCCCAAAUGCAGAAGUUCGAAAUGGUAAACUGUGUGAACAUUCUUGGGAUGAGCAGAGAAGGAGCUGGGGUGAUGAACUUGAUGAGCGAAACAUCUCCUGGAGUUUGAGGAGUAAGCACAGCGACAGAGACUAGGGGAACACGAAAAAAACAGGGAAGGAACAGACGAGACUUGCAUGUUUUUCCGUGUUACCCUAGUGCGUGUCCCUGCGCUUACUCCUCAAACGCAAGGUGGUGUUUCCCUCAUCGCAUCCGCACCAGCUAGCUUACCUCCUAUUUCUCUGUCCCUCGUAAUGAACUUGUAGGUAACAUUUCGUUGAGCGUGAGGAGAAGCCACAAAGGGACAAACUCGAACCAGCAAAAUGAAACAUUUAUUCCAUAAGGAGCACUCCUGGUAUGGGAAAGGAGAUCUUUGGUUGACCUCCUUUCCCAUACCUGGAGUGCUUCUUGUGGAAUAAAUGUUUCAUUUUGCUGGUUCAAGUUUGUCCCUUUGUGUCUUCUCCUUGUGCUCAAGGAAACGUUACCUACAAAUUUUUGGGAUGGGUUGUACCGCCUUAUUACUAUAAAACGGGCCGAAUUAAUUUUAUCUGCAGUAUGUGCGUCUAAUGAAAACAAAAGCUCUCUUCAAUAAGAACGGUGAACGACAAAUGUGUAAUAACGGAUGCCACAUGUCGCAAUAUCCAGUGGAGGAUAUCUGCCGUAAGUGUUUUCUAACAGUGGGGGGAGAAUACAGAGACCAACUAAACCUGUGUACCUCAUUGUUUGUUCUUGGGUAAGGAACAGAAGUUUGGGGCAGCAUUGUUGAAGGAUGUUACUGGUUCUCUGUUGGCUGUGCUUGUGCACCUACUUGUAGAGUUCAAAAUAAUUUGAUCCUGUUUCCUUUUGCCAGUAGUACAAGUAAUGACUAUACACUGCUGGCGUUUGUUCUUGUCACUCAAGCCAUGUCUAUGCACCGCAUACAGGUGAAUUUGUGCGACAUGCUUUGUUGUUUACUGUUUCUGAUGCUAUACUCGUCCAUGGAAUUGCCAACAUGUACAACUUGCCCUAGUUUUUCUGCUUUGGCACAAUCACGUGGUGACACAUUGUGAUGGAUAUUGCUUCAUUACUUGCAGCGUGUGUGAAGGGGACAGAGAGCUGCUCCCAGAGCUCAGAAAUAUUGGGGCGCAUGUUUUCUUUAGUGCUGUUGUAGAAACAAAUACUAGAUGCAUGUGUUAUUGUGCAUCUACUAAUUCCGGUAAAUUUCGUUACAAAGCAAUCUAGUUGUUACAAAAGUACCCGAUUGCUGCACUUUUUUAAAAGCUGCGCACGUUUAGCAGAUUUACGCACGUAUUGCAGUGGUGAAACCACAUGGAGACAAAAAAACAAAAACAAAAUAACUUCACUGUGGAAGUCGACAUCACCAAAACAUGGCAUUUAGAUGAAGAGCUGCUCUGCUUGUAGCCAUGUUAAAGGAUGAGUGUUGCUUACUUCCGGUAUUGUAGAACUGAGAAGAGUACCAACUAUAUUGUCUAAAACACAAAAACUGCGCCAACAUGUUCGUCACGGUGGGACUUGCAAUAUUCAAAGAAUUUAUUAUUGCCACGAAGGUGAAAUAAUAUGUUUGUCAAAAUGUGACAAAGUAAAACGCCACAUUUUUAUGUAGGAGCUGGCAAUACACUUAAGAGGCGAGUCAGAGGUGCAAAGAGGAAAUCUUGCUCCGAUAACUGUAUUUUAAGUGCAAGUACCUUUGGUUGCAAUUAACUAAAGCUGAAGCAUAUUUUAUUGGGUUACGUCAUUGUUUGUAUUUAUUCUUGACGACAUUGACAGGUUUUUAUUCUUUGCCUGUGUUUCUCAGCAGAUUGUGCGUGUUUAGAAUGCUAUUUUAAUGCUUUCAGUGGUGAAACAGUGUGGUGUGAUGUUGACAAUAACUUUUUUCUUCUUCUUUUAGAUGUCAUGUUCUGGUAUCUAGUUUGGCCCAGUCAUGUGCAAUGUGUUGAACAAUCGUUAAAAAUUGGGCUGUUUUGUUCCACAUUAAAAUCGCUAAGAACCACUGUGCAGGGCAACUCUUAAAAGGAUGACACAAGAUGCAGCACUGAACUGACAAACCAGGGUCAGUUGCGUCUUGUGUCACCCUUUUAAGUGUUGCCCUGCACACAGGUUUUUAGCGAUUUUAGUCCAAUAUGUGUAGAACGUGUUUGAAACUAGACACAGGUGUAAAGUAUUACCACACCUACCUGUUCUAGUUAAUAACCGAAAAUUUCCUCUGAAGGUUGGGGCCAAGGUUGAGCAAUGUAUAAACUUCAAAUGCAAGAUGUGUUGCAAAGCAAUCGUGUUACUCCAGCCAUUGCACUGCUGAGUGCUUGUGCAGCAAUAGGUCCAAUAUUGGAAGCUGCAAAACGCAACAUAGCUGCUCACAAGUUUGUGCCACAUUUUUUCUGUUUUGCACACGCUUCCCCACCUCGGAAAGCUGCUAUGUGGAACCCCCCCACCAUCAACAUCCGUAUCAAGCUUUCAACUAAUGUGAUAUGUACAGUGCGGUAUCAGCACAUGAAUUCAUGUACUGCAUCUUAGAACGUAAACUUGUACGGACUUCCUUGUGCUCAGGAAGCUGUCAUCCUUCGCACACCACGUGGUGGGGUACACGCUUCUACUAGUACGUCUCUUUCUCCCUUGUGGUGUUACCAUGGUUCCCACUGGUCCUCGAAACCCUUGAAUACCCUGAAAUUUGAAAAUGCUGUUUUCAAGGUCAGGGAAAACCCUGGAAUUUUCCACAGUCCUUGAAAACCCUUGGUUUUGCAUUCCUUUUUUUUCCAUUCUCGUGGAGCUGCAGUGCAAUUUCCGCCUACCCGGACCAAAACCGGUCCGGAGUGGGACCGACGAGCUCGAGCCGUUUAUGCGGCCUCCCCAUUGGUCCCCACUUUUGUUGUCCCCAUACUGCGCCAUCUAAUGAAGACUGAGAUAAUCCUCUCCGGCGCCUCAAGGUCAUGCGCAUAAGCCGUUGUGAAAAAGGUCCACUAGCCACGGAAACCAGAAGUGCGGGAAACGACCUUCCUUUCUGUUCAGUGGUCUUUAACGUUCAGAAGUCCGUAAGCACAUUUGUGAACAGAUUACUUUUGCACAGUCCCCAUGUAUUCAGUUGUGUGGUACCUGCAGCUUAGAAAUGUUUUUGCGAAAUAUUGAAGUCCUGGCCAUAGGCUACGUUUUACAUCCCGGCGAAAUGACGGCUGAACCUUAAAGUGGCUAUGAACUCUACCAAGCUAGCCCGCUGACUGUGUCGGCUCCAAACGGCGAUUUUAACUUGUUGGCUAUGACACCUUUUGUAUAGAUGAAUCCGAUAGGUAUGUACCACAUAUAGCACACUCCUAGCCAACCAUAAUCCCGAAUGACAAUGUUCUCGCCCGAUUUAUUGAUAAUGGGAGGUGGAGCCUGUUAUGUAGCCAUUAUGUACUGCAUAAUUGAUACAAAAUAGGCUCCGUCUCCCGUUUUCAACAAAUCGGGGACGAGAACGUUUUCAUUCAGGAUGAUGGUUGGCUAGGAGCGUGCUAUGUGGUGAAGUUCAUUUUUAAGAGAGUAGAGGAGAACGUUGUGUACCUCCGCGUUGGCGUCUGAUUGGGUGCUACAAUUCUUCAAAUGACGUAACAAUGGAUAGAGGUAUCUGGACGGCAGUGCGUCUACUCGCCCAUAGCCAAAAAAAAAAAGUGUGUUUUUGUAUUAAUGCUGCACACGUUACGAAGGAAAAGUAUUGGACAAUAAAUUGCAAAUGAAUUACGAAGCGCAGAACAAUAUUACACCUUCUUGCUAACUAAACGUCUUGCUGGUGAGCCUUCGUGUUUGUGUUUGUUUACGUGUCUCAUCACUCAGGCUUGCCUAUCAUGGAAUUUAUCCACCAGCUAGCCUGCAUUUACGCCAUUCUGUCAAUAUUACACCCGUAUCUAAAUACCUGCAGAUAGGAGUUCUUGCCACCUUUAAAGGGUCCUUCAAAGACACUCGAAUUUUUGUUGAACAAUUUGUUGAAAAAUUAGGUGGGAACCAUGGUUAUGUCUCUGUGCCAUAUAUGCACUCCAUACCCAACCAUAGCGUGAGCCCUUUUCCCAAUUAGUAGUUACGGACCAUCCCUUUACGACAAGAGACAGAGUGUUGUUCAGCGUCAACAGACAGAAAGCAAUGUACAACUUCUCAAUCAACAUGUGGCAUAGUGAGAAUGCUGUCAACUGUCCCUUAAAACAUGCAGAGAGUGGGAGCCGCAUAGUCGCUCAAUUAGUGGGGUUGUGACACUUCGAUAGCUAUGGCUCAGUACAUCAUGCAUGCAUGGAGCCUUGCGCUUUCGGGUUAAGCCCAUUUUUUGGCGAAAUGAGAGGCAGGAUAAGCGGGUAGCAUUGGAAGCACAACAUACGUUCAUGAAAGGUGUCUGGUACUGAAGCCACUUGACUAUUUUUAUGCCGUGGGCCCUGUCGAAGCGUUUGUGGAUGUGGAUGUUUGUGUGUUUGUGGAUGUUCGAAAGCAUGUUAGUGGUAUUCAUGCUCGAGAGUUGUUAGUGCCAAUCUGAUCUUAUUUUAAGUGCAGUGUGACCACCGUACUGCCACUCGGUGCAAUGAUUUUUUUCGCAUUUAUCCUUUCUUUUCCUCCUUUUGUUGUUUUUAGGCUUUUUUUUGUGUGUGUGUAUAUAUAAACACUGCAGUGUCUUCAGCAGUGCGCAGUUAUGUUCUGUGAACUAAUAGCAACACUUGUGAUACCUGUGUAACAACGUUUUGAACUUACCAGUGGAAGAUUGCUAUUGGAUAAAGGAGCGGCAAUUAAG